AUGAGACGUCACGUCGUGACCACCACGGAUUCUGAAUCCGAAACGGAAUACUCCGAAUCGGACCUCUCCAUGUUGGAGUACCCUCGCCGCCGACACUCCGUGCGCCGACGCUCCGUGUCCCGCCAUCGACACCGCGCCGCCCCAGAGCACAGCAGCACCGCCUAUCUCAGCCCUAUCGUGCAGGACAUCCACCUGCACCGCUCCGCGUCGACGGGGGCUCGGCGGCGGCGGGACCGAGACCGCGAGCGCCCGUCGCAGCCGCCCGCCGUCAUCGUCGACAUCCGCAACGACUCGCGCAACAAGUCCUCGAACAAGAACCGUCGCCAGCAGGAGUACGUCGACCCCUUCGAGACCGACGACGAGACACUGCUGCGCAGCCACCGGCGCCCCCGCGCCAACACCGGCAGCAUUUCGCGCGAGGCAUCCCCGCGUGCCAGCGCCCCCGCCGUGGCGGCGCCCCCGCCCCCGCCCCCCCGCGACUACGACCUCGUCGUCGGCCAGCGUCUGCUGGAGCGGAGCGACGCCCGCCAGGACUUUGAGCUCCUCAAGCAGCAGCAGGAGAUUGAGCGUCUUGAGCGCGAGCUGGCCCGCCACAAAGAACACCAGCAGCAGUUGCAGCACCGCGACCACUCGCAGACCCGUCCGAUCGUCAUCGACGACGGCUGGUAUGAGGAUGAUCUCAGCGAGCGGCUGCAUCGGCUCGAUCGGCUGGAGCGCAAGCAGCGCGCGGAGGAGGAACAGCGGCGCGCGGAGCAGCGGCAUAAGCUGCGGCUGUGGGAGGAGGAGCAGCGAAGACAGCAGGAGGAAGAGGAGGUGAAGGCGAAGCUGCAUGAGCGGAAGUUGAAAGAGCUGCAGCAGAAGAUCGAGGAGGAGGAAGAGCGCGAGCGCAUCAAGAAGGAGAUCCGCGAUGAGGAGGCGAGGUUGGCCCUCGAAAAGGCCGAGAAGGAGAAGAAGUUGGCGCUGAUGAAGCAGGCCGCCAUCGAGGAGUGGAAGCUGGCCGAGGAAAAGCGCAAGAUCGCUGAGCGAGAGGCCAAGGAGAAGGCGGACGAGGAAUUCCGGAAUCGUCUUCGUGCCGAGUUCGGAUACACCGAGGAGGAGAUCGAGAAACUCCUCAAGAAGAAGGAGGAUAAAGAGAAAGACAAGGGCAAGGAGAAGAAGGACGACAAAGACGAUGAGAAGGAGGAGGAAGAUCACCGUCGGACGUGGAUCAAGGUCCACCGGAAGUAUCUCCUCCCCGAUACUUUGAUAGCUUACCGUUUGCCUUGGGACUGGGACGAGCAUGACCGAAACUAUAUCAUCAUUAAACAAUGGAUCACCGAGGACAUGCAGGAGGAACUCUUUUCCCACACGCGCCGGAUACGUGAGGGCAAGCUCGUCACGCAGACCUCGAGUUCGCAGACCGAGCUGCGCGUGCGCGAUGGCAAGAAGGAUAAAUUGUACCUUGUGCGGAAGAAGAGCCCGAGCCGCCGAGCCUUCCUCUUCACCUGA